AUGACAUCUCUACACCAGGAGCCGGGGGCCUACUACGCCGACCAGAUCCCCCAGACAUACUAUAGCUCACAUGUUCCCCAACAUGGCAUCAUCAACAACCAGAUAGACCAGCACGACAGACCCCAAUAUUACCAAGCCGAAAAUGGCACUUCCCAUCCCCCUUACGACUCUAACGAAUCUCCCCACCACGAAUACUACCAGCCGGAGCCCAUCAACUCGGGGGCUCCGGUGAUCCCUGAAGCCCAGAGACAGGUUCCUUCCCAGUUACCCCAGACCCAUAUGCCUCCCCAGCCACCUGUCGAACAGCCUGCUGAGCAGCCUUUCUACGUCAAUGCUAAGCAGUAUCACAGAAUAUUGAAGAGGCGGAUUGCCAGAGCCAAAUUAGAGGAAACCCUUAAGAUUGCAAGAACAAGAAAGCCAUACUUGCACGAGUCGAGGCAUAAGCACGCCAUGAGACGUCCUCGUGGACAGGGCGGGCGGUUUUUGACCGCCGCUGAGAUUGCCGAAAAGGAGAGAUUGGAGAAGAUGAAGAGCAUGGAAGGUUCCGACACCGACUCCAAGCAGGACGCCUCAGACGCUCAAAAGAAAAGUGACACCUCCGAAUCGGGCUCUUCCGCCAACACUCAGCACUCCUCCCCUGCUACCACAGAGCAGUCUGCUGUGGAACAGAAAGACGUGGGGGAGUCGAUCUUCCAGAAUCUUAUCAGUGAGCCCGGGCACUAG